CCACCCCCACCCUCUCCCACCACUCUCUCCUUCGCUCGCUUCCUCUCCCCCCGGCCCCGCAAGCUUCCACCGACUCGAUUCGAUCGGCGCCGAGGAAGAAAGGAAGGGGGAGCGAAGCCGAGAUCAUGGCUCGGGGCGAGAACAGCGACGCGCAGGCCAGCAACGUCCCCGCGGCGACGGCGGCGGGGAAGCCGGGCGCGGGCCCGCGUGGCGCGGAGGGCCAGUCGGUGGUGCGGCGGCUGCAGUCGGAGCUGAUGGCGCUGAUGAUGGGCGGCGACCCGGGCGUGUCGGCGUUUCCCGAGGGGGACAAUAUGUUCCACUGGGUGGGCACCAUCGCCGGCUCCGCGGGGACUGCCUACGAGGGCACCUCCUACCGCCUCGCGCUCGCCUUCACCGCCGACUACCCCUACAAGCCGCCCAAGGUGCGGUUUGACACCCCCUGCUUCCACCCCAACGUCGACGCCCACGGCAACAUCUGCCUCGACAUCCUACAGGACAAGUGGUCGUCGGCGUACGACGUGCGCACCAUCCUACUCUCCAUCCAGAGCCUCCUAGGAGAGCCGAACAACGACUCGCCGCUCAACACGCAGGCGGCGGCACUCUGGGCGAACCAGGAAGAGUUCAGGAAGAUGGUGGAGAAGCUCUACAAGCCCGCGUAGAGGAGGAAGGCACUCGGCGCAAAUGUCGCCGGGGCUUAAUUUCGCAGAUGGUGGAUGGAGAAGAGAUCAGAUGGAUUCUUUCCCUGGGUUUGGUUCCCAGUCUGGCGUGUAGGGUGUUGUGAUACGAAGUGUGUUCUCAGACCUCUUGAUCUGUAAUUGUCUUUUGAGUUUUGGAUUGUUCAGUGAUUCCUGAUUCGCUUUAGUCGUUUUCGCCUCUUGUUGUUCCAUUGUAAUGGUAUGUAUUCGCAUCGCA